AUGUUCACCACUACUACCACCAUAUCCUUGAUUGUUUCCAAUAAAGGUCAUCAUCUAUUGGUAAAAGAUAAUUUUGUGUACACAGUCAAUAAGCGAACGUCUUCAAAAACAUAUUGGACAUGCACAACAAACAAUUGUCAUGCACAUAUUCAAACAAAUCUCAAUAAUAAUUUAUUGAGUUCAAGUAGUGAACAUAAUCAUCUUUUAGAACAAGAAGAUCUUCAAGUAAAAAAAUUUCGACAAGUUGUCAAGGAUCGCGUCAUGAAAGAAACAGCACCAGUAUCAAAAAUAUAUGAUGAAGAAAUUUCAAAAGCACAAUUUUCACCAGAAGUGCUUGCUAGUGUACCACUUAUUCAUGAAAUAGAAUCUGGUUUGAAUUACGCACGACGAAAAUUAACACCAAUUCUUCCAACAUCUGCUGUAUUCGAUAUUCCCGAUUCAUAUCAAACUACAGCUAGUGGUGAAAAAUUCUUAUCUUGUGAUACAUUUAUUUGUCGUAAAAAAAUGCAUGUUGCUCUUUGGUAG